CUGCCACAAAUUUGACGAGCGUGCAACGCGAUGGAGCUGCCAAUUGGGAAGUUAUUCGGAAUGCUUAGCCAGCGGGAGAUGCAAAUGUUGCUGCUGCCACUGCAGUUGCUGUUGCUCGUAUCGCCGGCGAUGUUGCAGCAGCAACACCUGAUCUAUCAUCCACGGCAAUUGUACUACGAUUCACCGCGUCUUCGGAGAUUCGAGUAUGCGGCAGCCACGCCCUUUGUGGCUGGUUAUAGUCCACCUGCUCCUCCGCCGGCUGUUCACUACCAGCAGCAGACGCCGCACUUCCAGCUGAUCAACUACCGCCCCAGCUAUCCAUCCCUGCCCUUGGAUUACCAGCAACAGCAGUUGCCCGCUCCUGCCCCACCCCUUCCGCCCAUUUAUCCACAACAGAGUGUCCAGUAUCAGCAAAGGACCAUUGCGCCACAUGCCGAGUUGGCCAAAUAUCGCUACGAAGGGAACUAUCUGCCAGUGCAGCGGGUUUCACUGCAGCAACCUCAGCGUCGCGCGGAGGAGACACAGCAAUUGCAGCAGCAACACUUGCAGCAGCAGCAGCAACACUUGCAACAGCAGCAGGUGCAGCAAGCACAGCAACUCUACAAUGUGCCGCCGGCCCUUUUCACCAGCGAUGUGUUGCAUGUGAUUCCACCUCGAAUUGCCAGGUUGCAGGAGCAGCAGCAGCAACCUUCGCAAACUGUCCAAACGGAGCGACCCAGGCGAUUUGCCAAGGAUCAGGAUACAGAUGUCGCCGAAUCCAGAAGUGAACCGAAGAGUGAUCGAAAAGUCAAGGAAACCAAAUAUUUUCAUGAUAUUUUCAUGCGCUUCGAUGGCCCCAAUUCGCGGAGUCACGGUCACGUCCUGAGGCAUCCGAAGGUUCAGGAGAAACGCUUUGAGUCGCAAAGGGGCACGAAUCGCUACAAGGGCGAGGUGAUCUGGACAGAUCGUCAAGGAGGCCACGGCGAACACCGCUGGGACAUGGCGCAGGGAAAACUCUGAGCAGCGCACUCUGAUCAGCCUUAAUUUGCAUACUCCUACCCCCCACUCUCUGUAUAUACCCAUUACAAAAAGAA